AUGAACCGGAAAGCGCGGCGCUGCGUGGGCCACCUCUUUCUCAGCCUAGGCAUGGUCUACCUCCGGAUCGGUGGCUUCUCCUCGGUGGUAGCUCUGGGCGCGAGCAUCAUCUGUAACAAGAUCCCAGGCCUGGCUCCCAGACAGCGGGCGAUCUGCCAGAGCCGGCCCGACGCCAUCAUCGUCAUAGGAGAAGGCUCGCAAAUGGGCCUGGACGAGUGUCAGUUUCAGUUCCGCAAUGGCCGCUGGAACUGUUCAGCGCUGGGGGAGCGCACCGUCUUCGGGAAGGAGCUCAAAGUGGGGAGCCGGGAGGCUGCCUUCACAUACGCCAUCAUUGCCGCCGGUGUGGCCCACGCCAUCACAGCUGCCUGCACCCAGGGCAACCUGAGUGACUGUGGCUGUGACAAGGAGAAGCAAGGCCAGUACCACCGGGACGAGGGCUGGAAGUGGGGUGGCUGUUCGGCUGACAUCCGCUACGGCAUCGGCUUCGCCAAGGUGUUUGUGGAUGCCCGGGAGAUCAAGCAGAAUGCCAGGACUCUCAUGAACUUACACAAUAACGAGGCGGGCCGAAAGAUUCUGGAGGAGAACAUGAAGUUGGAGUGUAAGUGCCAUGGUGUGUCGGGCUCGUGCACCACAAAGACAUGCUGGACCACGCUGCCCCAGUUUCGGGAGCUGGGCUACGUGCUCAAGGACAAGUACAACGAGGCUGUUCAUGUGGAACCCGUGCGCGCCAGCCGCAACAAGCGGCCCACCUUCCUGAAGAUCAAGAAGCCCCUGUCGUACCGCAAGCCUAUGGACACGGACCUGGUGUAUAUCGAGAAGUCACCCAACUACUGCGAGGAGGACCCGGUGACGGGCAGCGUGGGCACGCAGGGCCGGUCCUGCAACAAGACGGCGCCCCAGGCCAGCGGUUGCGACCUCAUGUGCUGCGGCCGUGGCUAUAACACUCACCAGUACGCCCGCGUGUGGCAGUGCAACUGUAAGUUCCACUGGUGCUGCUACGUCAAGUGCAACACGUGCAGCGAGCGCACUGAGAUGUACACGUGCAAGUGA